UCUGCAGUGGGAUUUUACUCCUCCUGUGCUUCGUCCUUGGAAGCAGCUGUUCAUCCAUGUGGGCACCACCAAAAAGUGGUGACGUGAAUGAAUAGCGAUGGGGAAGUGAGGGGUGUUUCUUGCUGGAAAGAGAGAGAGCUUACGAAGGUCUGGGGAAGAGGCAGAAGCAAAGUUUCCUUUGAGUUGAAGGUCUGGUUGCAGCUCUAUCUGUUCUGUUGGAAAAUUCACAGGUAGUGUGUUUGUGUCAGCAGGCAAUAGAAUCUGCUCCCUGUGUGCCCCUGGGAAUGCUCAGCCUGCUUUGGAACCUAAUUAAUGCCUUGGCUUUGGAGAUGCCCUUUGGCAGCAUUUCCCAUAUUUGAACCAUCCAUGUGAAAACACAUUUCCUCCCGCCCCCAAAUCCCUGCUUGAGCCGCUUAUGCUGCAAUCCUGUUUGCUGGAGGUGUUCUGCUGAUGUGAUUUCUUUCCCAGUGCUUUACUUCUGCCUCUGCUUAUCUGCCCACUCCCAUCCGCUGUGCUGGGGGGCACUGGGGUGGGAUGGCCCCAUCCAGAGCAGAGCAUUGCCCCUCGCCUCCCCAUAGUGGUGUAUGGGGGUCUUGGAACCCCUGAGGUUCCCUUGGCUUAGGGCUGAACUGAUUUGCUUCUGCAUUUGUGUAACAAAGGCUGCUGUGUGCCUCCUAUCAUCGCUGCCAGCUGUUGAGCAUCAAUAUUUAUAGGGUUUGUUAUACAGCUUCUUGCAUCUCCAUCGUGGAUAUGGGGAGGGGAAAAAAAAAAAAGCCAAUCAAAUGGUUUGUGCCCACUGCUGCCAUCGUCCAGAAUGUGAAUUUCUCUCCCCAUCUCUAUAUGGGGUUGCCACAAACAGGGGAUUUUGUGCCUGGCUUUGGCUGUAUAGAAUACAUCCAUAAAUCAUACAGGGAGCAGCUGCCGCUCUCCGCCGAGCCAAAAUGCAUCAGAUAUAAAACACUGCUCAGUUCCUCAGUUUGGUGGGGAUAAAGUUGCUGUAGUGGAACGUUGUUACAGGCUGCUGUUAAUUCACCUCAGGGCUGCUUGUAAUAGCACAGCACAAUUCCCCUGUGAGAAGGAGAUGGGUGUUGUGACAUCAGGCAGGGAUGGAAGGGAGGUUUUAGGAAUCAAAGCUUUGUGGAAGGAAUAACUGCAGUUUGUGCUGUGAUACGGGGGGAGUUCCCUGCUUUGUUACUGAUGGAAGCCCUGACAAUUCCAGGCAGUUCUGUCACAAAUCCCACAGCAGCUCGGCACUGAAUGAGGGGCUGAGUGCUGCUGAUGGUGACCAGGAUGGCUGCUGGGUUUGGUUCAUCCUUGUGUGGUUUUCAGCUGUGUGCCAGGCAGGAAUCUUGCUUCUGCCCAGCUCCUGGCUUACAGCUGCUUUCACCCAAGCAAAACAGCUUAGGAAAUCUGUCCUAAAUGUUUGACACUAGACUCAGUGCCUCGCAGAAAUGUCAUUGGCACCGUGUUCAGCAGCGGGCCGUGGUGCUGCUGGUCUGACACAGUGCUGUCCCUUCAGCCUAAAGGGGAGGGAAAGCAAUGGGGAAAGCUGCACUGUUUUCUGAACAAGGAGCCAACGUCUGAUCAGGGCUCUGCUUUUUUUCCUUAGAAAAAGAGGCUUCAGAAUGUCCCAUCUCCUCCUUGCACAGUGGUUGGGCUGAAAAAAGUGAGAGCUGGGUGGGUUUGAAGGCGUUACCACGCUGUGGGAGCACGGAGCUGCCGUGCUGCUGUGUUGUGUGGGGUCCUUCAGUGCCCAAGCCCCUUGUGGGCACUGGGAUGAGCAGUGGGAGGAAACGAAUUACAAUCCCUGUUCUUAUCAGAUCCUGAGCCUGAUGCUCUGCGUCCAGCGCAGUGCUGCUGGUGGCUGCGGUCACAUUAAGCGUGCUCCCUGCAAUAGCCUUCCAUUUCUGCUGGAAAAGAAAGAAGUGUUUGCAGCAAGAGCAGAGCCCAGGGAGAGGAGCUCUCAAACUGUUAGAGCUGACCCUGGUGCAAUGUGUGAGGGCUGCAAAGUGCCAGCAUUCAAUGAGAGUAUUUCUUCCGAGCUGCGCCGCGCCGACUCAGGGAAUCUCAGGGCUGCGUUUCUGUUUCAGUAAUGCUGCAGCAAAUGAGGAGUUGGGUUUUGGAUUCAGACUGCUCCAAGUAAGCCUCCCGAGCUCUCCCCUCCCACACACAGUGCUGCUGGUGGGGCUGCUCAGUUCGGUGCUGUGCUGGUGCUGCUGGUCUCUGUGUCGCACAGCAGCUCCCUGCGGACGGCGGCUGCUUUGAUGCCACUUGAUGUGAAGCACAUGAAAAAAUCCUUCGCUUGGGUUCUAAAGUCUCACUAAAAAAAAUCCAGCCGGGACUUUGAUGUUGAGGAGAUGCCGCUCAAAGUGCCCCAACCCUCUGAAGCCCGCCUGCCUGCCCUUAUCUCAGAGGCAGAGCAGCGAGUGGGCGCCUUGGGCAAUAAAACAGCAGCAGCGGCAAAACUGUGCGCUGAUUACUUAUGGUCUGAGCAUCUGCAGGCAGGAGAGGAAAUCGCCGUGAGGGACCUGUGGUGCCUUGAAGGACCCUGCACUUUGUUGUGGAGGCUGUGAAUGGCUGCUUGAGGACCUUUCGCCGCCGUGCAGCUGAGUGAUGCCCCGUGCUGGGAUGCUGCUGGGUUCAGGGCAGCUGUGCUGGGAUGCAGCAGGACUGCUGGUGGCUGUUGCUGGAGGAUCAGACCGUGCUGCUCUGGCAUUCCCCACGUCUUGCUGCUGCUGUGCGAGUGAGAGAGUGAAAUUGGCCUUGAACCAAUUUGGUUUUAUUAUUUUUUCAGUUUUAUUUUAACUUCUCUCAGCAGUGUGGCAUACCAGGGCCUGGUGUGUGGUUGGCUCCCGUGUGCUAUAUUUGUUUUCCAGGGUGAUGCUCGGUGCUCUGCAAUGUGUCACACACUGCACCAAAUUGCUUUUCACAGUUAAGAGGGAAUUAAACGAUCUCCUUUUUUGUCUAUAUUGCGUUUUUGUGCACAGGAAUCAAUCCAACCCCACUGUGAGUUGGUUUAGGAAUGCUCUCCUAAAAUAAUUUUCUGCACAGCAUUCCCAGCCCAUUCCUGUUUGGUGCUGGCUCUGACGGGGUAAGCAGGACUGUGCCUGAUGGCGCCAGGCUGCAGAAUAGCUUUUGAGUUCACUGCCUGCCCCAUCGAGCAGCACCAGGCCUGGUACAACCCCAUAGGGCUGGAGGGAUGAGCCCGCUGUUCUGCCCGCCGGCCGCCGGUUCGAAUCCCGCCUCGGCACUUUGUGUGGUGAGCACUGGGGCUCCCUUAGAAAUGGGCAUUUAUUUAUAUCACUAGUGGCAGGGCUGUGAUUUACCCCCAGAGGGAUGUCUGCACAAAGCAUGGUGCUAAUUCUGUAUGCUGUGCUGAGGAUGUGUCCAGAGAUGCUGUGUCCUGUCUUCAUUAAAAGCUGAGCGAGAUGGAAGGCUGAAAUCUUUGCUUACAGAAGACAUAUGUGUGUAAUAUAAGGCUGCUGCUAAUUCUUCCUUGAGAUUGAUAGAGAACAUCGAGGACAAAUUCACUCAAUAUCGUGUUUGCUUCUGUAAAUGAAGCUUCCCCGAACCUGAGGCAAGACAGAAACAUGACUUGGUGUCUGUGCUGCUCUCUUUCAGUCAAAUGGAAAUAGCUGUCUUUAUUUAAGAGGUCUCUGUUGGCACUGCGGUGCCGAUGCUUCCUGAGACAAUGCAAUGGACAGAAAUCUAUUUUCCAGGCUGGAAGGAAAGCAGAGAAACAAAACAAAGAAAACACCAACAAAUUGGAAGAAUGAAGAGUGAGGAGGAAUUGAAGUGUCCACAGAGUUCACAGUGCGGGUGACUGGAAGUGAUGGGGGAAAGGCAGCGAAUGCUGCUUGUGUAACACACAGCGCUGGGUCUGAAUGCAGGACUGCUCUGCCUGUGUCCAUGUGCAGCACUUGGUAACAAGUGUUUGUGCUGUGUGCUCUGCUGUGCACCCAGAAGCCAGCACUGCUGUCCCUUGAACUCAUCUUCUCCCUCAGUGCUAUCUGCUCAUCCUUCCUGAGAUUGUUUCUACAUCCUGAGUUCCAUAUGUAGGAAACUGCACAGAGCUGAGCUCAGCCUUCUUGUGACACCUGAAGCAUUGCUGUGAGGGGAGACUGAGAUCCAGGUGAGCGAGAGGAGCAAAGGGUGGGACUGAGCAGCAGAAACCCAUGCAGAGAGGAGGAACACCCGUGCUGGGGCACAAAGCACACUGCCUGCUUGCAGUGUGAGGCACUGGAGCUUGGAUGCUGCCGUCCCAAAGGGCACGAGCUGCGAUGGGAGCACACAACCCUAAGGGCAGCAGCGUGUGUUCCCCUGCCAGCUGCUCCCUGAGAGUGAUGCUAUCAGCUCAGCUUUGUUCUGCUGCGUGCAGCCUCGCUCUGCUGCACAGCACCGAGCAAAGCGCUGAUAGAUAGGAUCUGCCCAGCCCUGCACAAUGGAAAGUGCCACGGCACCCAGCCAGGGCCCAACCUCAGCCCUCCUUUGGGAUCUGCUCCCGCAGCACUGCUGUGUCACACUGAUGCUGCUGGCUUUGUGCAUUUCUGUACAGCUGUGUUUCUCACAGUUGUUCUUUACAGAUGCAUUAGAAAUCCAUCUGAAGGUCAGUCUUAACAAAGCUGAUGCUUAUCAGCUUUCUCCAAGUUGCUUUUUUAAAUUUUUUUUUUUUUUUAAAUAUUUUGGUGAAGAAAAUCAUUUUCCAAAGCUGCAUUUGAAACAUCCAUGAGCACUGUUAAUCCCACAGCUCCUCAGGGUGAGGAGAUCUGGUCCCAUCCCACCCCACAGCCCCAUUAGCCCCCGGUGUGACCUGUGUGCUGCAGCUCCCCCAAAAGAUGGUUUCCUUCCAGCAUGGGGAUCCCACAGGUCACCACUUUGGACACCUUUGUAAGGCAGAGAGGGGAAAAAGCAGUGCCCAGGUGAGUGCCCCAGGAUGGGAAGGGAAGCUGCUGCUGGGAAAGGCAGCAGUGACACGGUGCUGUAUAAAUCAUCAGCCUGGCAGCUGGGUGUUGCUGGCAGAGAUGCAGGAGGUGCCCACUGCUGGGAUGCGAAAAGGUGUGUCCAGGUGGUGGCAAAUUUGAUAUAAGGGCAGCUGCUGGAGCUGCUGCUGCAGCGCCAGAAGAGCGGGCAGGAGCCGGGUGCUGUGCAGAGCCGGGCUGAGACGGCAUCUCCCAGUGCAGGUGACAGCAGAGCAGAGUCUUGCAGUGCCAUCCCUGUCCUUUUGCACUGCUCAUGCCACCGCUUCCCCUGCUGCAGGAUGAUGAAGCCGCUGAAGCUUUUUGGAAUGGUCAUCUUCUGUGGGCUGCUCUCUCCCACCCAGGGGGUUCUAUCUGGCCUGUCCUGUGCCGUCAGUCCCAAGGCCACGCAGCAAGCGCUGUCCAAUGCCAUCAUUCAGAACGGGCUUCUCCAGAAGCACCUGCAGGGCCUGGUGCUGCCGAACAUCAUGAGUGACGGGGGUCUGCUGAACUCCCCCACCAUCAUCACGGGGCUGCACCUGGAGAGGUCCCGGAUGCCCACACUGUCAAUGGAGCUGCUGCCUGGGAUUGGGAUGCAGUUGGUCAUCACCGUGCGCCUGGAUCUCAGUGGUAACUGCUUGCUUGGCCUUCUCUCCGAGGUAAUUGUUAUCUCCGUGGAUGUGACCGUUACCACAAACAUCAAAUGCUCAAGUUUCGAGUCGGGUGCAGUCCAGGUCAUUGCUGAUGACUGCUUCUGCAUUCUUGGUGCUGUAAAGAUCAAGCUGCUCUCUGGUUUGCUGUCCCUGUCAGUGCAUGACAUUGUGCUCAGCCACCUGACAGCAACUUUGCCUGGUUUGCUGUGUCCAGUGAUGGAUAUUGUCUUCAACAUAGUGAACAUCCAGCUCCUGAGCACUCUGGAUGUGGUGAUCCCUGUCGGCUCGAAGGGGACGGUUCACUACCACCUGGCUGGCCCACCAUUCACCUUUGGUUCUUCCCUGAUUAUGGAUUUAGAUGGCACGGUGCAGCAGAUGGGAGGCAGCAUCAUCCCCCACGACUCGUAUGCCUCUUCCUUGCCCCCGCUGCUGGACAGGCUGCUGAUCAUCGGUGUGCGCCAGAGCUUCCUCAGCUCCCUGCUGGCCCUGCUGCUCCAGAUCCAGCCAUACACCUUCCCCUGCUCGUCAGAAGCUUUCUCUGGAGCCAACCAGCUGAGAGAUUCCAUCACAGCCCUUUAUCCCACUGGGUGCACCAGCUGCCCUUCGGCCAGUCCUCUGAGCAUCCGUGUGGAGUCUGUGGGGAACCCCAUCCUUCUCUUGGAACCCAACAAAGCCACCGUUGAGCUGUCGGUCCUGCUCCAGGUGUUCGUGAAGCACCCGGAUGGGUCCAUCAUCAACCUGCUGCUCCUGAAGGCAGACCUCAGUCUGAACGUCCGCCUGUCGAUUUCCAGGGGCAGCCUGAUGCUGGCCUUCUCCCUGGGCAGAGUUUCCCUCAUCUUGCAGUCAUCUGACAUUGGCAUCAGUGAUAUCUCCAACCUGAAGCCACACCUCAUUAAGCUGCUGGUGGAGACCUACAUGCCACUUCUCAAUGCUGCUGCAGCCGUUGGGAUACCCCUGCCUGAUGUGUUCAGAAUUCCUCUGAUAAGAGUGGACUUCCAGAUCUUGUUGGGACUGUUGUUGAUCCUCGUGUGAGCCAUGCACUAUGCAGGCAGCUCUGGAAAGAAAGAGGGAGGAGAUCCGGUCAGGAUGGAGCGUUGGAACCAACAUUAUCAUCUUUCCUUUCCUAAACGUACUGCAAGGUUCUUGGUAAUAUUUAAGGCACUUUAAAUUAAAUUGGCUUACAUGGUACUGAGAUGCUUGCAUAAGCCAACACCAGUUAGGCAGCUCUGUGUAGAAAUAUUUAUUUAGAGAAAUUAGGGCGAAUUAGAGGUCACGGUUGCAGAAGUGGCGUGUGAUGCUGCAGCUAAAGUGUUAAAUUCCUUGAGAAUUUGGUCUUUGGGAAAGUUGUUGUCCGUGUAAUGAAAAAGGGAAAUUUUGCAUGUGGCUCUCCAAUGCGGAUGUCUCCAUCCGUGCUGAGAAAAGUCCAAAGCGCUGAGCAGGAGCUCGGGAUGCAUUUGUCACUGAUUGCUUCAGCAAUAAACGUGCAUUCUUUUUUAGUGCUCAGAAGGAGGUUUGUGAUGUUCUUGGGGAUGCCCCCCUGUGCCUCCUGCUGGAGGAUCUGUUCCUCUGUGACAGUGCUAUGUUGGGGUUCGGUUUGAGACCUUGCAUCCCAAAUUUCUAACAACACUCUCGGAUGGCCAGUGGCUCCUGCUGUUGGGUUUCCCUUUGCUAAAACACACGUAGGAAUCAGAAUGAAACUGAAUUUCCAAACCAGCAGGCAUCAGCUCCUGUGUCACUCAGGGUGCCCUGGGGCUGGAUGAGCUCUGAGCACCCAUGGUCCCAACUCAGUGGUGUGGGUCUGGCAGUGCCAACCCGGUGCCAGGAGGGGCUCAGGGCAUGGUGACCCUGGCCCUUUGCUGCCAAGCUAAUGAAUGCUUUUCCUACUGCAGCCUAUUCCUCUCGGGAAGCUAGGUUAAGAUAUAUUAGUCAAGGAAUAAUGGUUGCAGCUCUACCAGCAAACUUUUAUUAGGAACAGUUCCUGCUAUUGCCAACCUCGGGCAUUAAAAUCAUUAGUCAGGUCCCCAGGAUGAGCAUAGAAACCUUCAGGUUUUUUCCCUCCCUGCAAUAAAUCACACUGGCUUGUUUUGUUUCCUUUCCUAUCCCCGACUCUCUGAAAUAUGAGGUUUUCAAGUGCUUUUCAGCUGCUCCAAAGGCUGGAAAUGAUGUGGACAGGGAAAGCAGAUGGAUGUGUAAUUAACACAGCUCCAUGGGCUGGGUGCUGAGC